AUGUUUGAUAAUGAAUGGAUUGCAUUCUUGUUUUACUGUUUCAACUCAUGUCUGUCAUUUAGGCCAGCAGAAAUCACAUCAAAAAGACCGGUUACACGCAAGAGACGAGUUGUCGAGGUUUCUAAAAAGGCAGUGAGAGAUCCUCGGUUUGAAGCGUAUACGGGUGAACUCAACGAGGGUCUGUUUAAGCGAUCGUAUGGAUUUAUUGACGACUACGAACGUAGUGAGAUAGCCAUGCUUAAAGACGAAAUCAAAAAUGAACCCAAUUCGGAACGAAGAGCCCAACUUCAAAAAACCAUGACAAGCAAGGUUUCAAGACUAUCCACCAACGAAAUAAAGGAAAAGACUCAAAAACUCAAGCGAGAAUGGCGCAAAACUGAAAGUGCCAAGGUGCAACAGGGCAAGACACCCUUUUUCCUCAAAAACUCCGAGUUGAAACGACGUCAAUUGGUAGACAAGUUCAAGUCACUCACUGAAAAGGGAAUGGAUCUCGACAAAGUACUUGAAAAACGGCGCAAGAAGAAUGCAAGCCGUGAACACAGGCAUAUUCCUUCUCAGCGGAGAUCUCGCUGA